AUGGCCUUUUUGCCAUCCGGGUACCCCGCUCUGGGCCUCGAUCCUUCAGCGACUCACGCCAUCUCCACGUCAUGGUGGAAUCUGGACCGUUCGUUGAACGCUCUGAUCGAGGGAAUCAACGGCCGGAUUAGCAGCAGAGCAUACAGCACGACAGAAGGCGACGGAAACAGCAAGAACGACGACACAAUCGGGGGAUUCGCGUGGAACGCGCAUGGGCGGAGGCGCAGAGUUGUGAAAUUCUGGCGGAAUGGGGAGAGGCGGAAGGAUCUGGCGGAGCUGUGCCGACGUGGCAUGGGACAAGUGACGCUUGAUUACGUCAGCGGGUGCCUGAAGGAAACUGCUGUGCCCCGGUUUCAAAGAGCCAUCAAGGAAGCAGCGAGUAUUGGGGAAGGGGGAGGGAGGGGAGGGAAUGGAGCAGGACGGGGGACAAAGAAGGGGGGUAAGCAGCACAGGCAGAAGGAAGCUGCCAGGAAAUUACUUUUAGCUUUGAACGAGCUCUGUGCCGUGAAGCACGCUUUCACGUUAGUGCUUGCUGACGUGGCAGCUGACGUGGCACGAUGCCAUGCCAAGUAUGGUGUUGAGGAUACGUGGGGUCAUCCGUGGGCUGAGGUAGGAGGGGCAGAGGAGGAGGAGGAGGAGGAGGAGGAGGAGGGGGAGGUGGGGCAAGAGGAGGGGAAGGAGGUGGGGGAAGCUGAGGGGGAGGAGGAGGAGAACGAAAAGGAAGAGAGUGGGGAGGACAGGGGAGCGGGAGAAGAGGAGGAGUGGGGAGGCGAAGAGGGAGGAGCGGUGGAGGAGUUGAGGGAGAGUAUGCAAGCCAUGCUGGUCAACGCCACACCCCCACAGCUCUACGACAUCUCAACACGCUACGCUAGCACAUUCUUCCCUGCUCGCACGCACGCACAUGCAUGCAUGGCAGGGCUGCUGCAAGAGUUCCUCUCGUCUCGCUUCAAGGAUGUUUCUGAGUGCAUGCGCCCAUUCUAUAGCGAGGAUGAUGACGAGGAGGAGGAAGAUGGGGAGGAAGAGGAUGAAGAGGACGACGAAGAGGAGGUGGAGGAAGGGGAGGGGGAGGAGGAGGAGGCAGAGGAUCUUGAGGAAUCAGCAGAAAAGCUACAUUCAACCCCAGUGGUAACAUCUGCGACCCCUGUAGUUGCCACGGCCACUGCAGGGGGGGAGAGGUACCACCAGCACCCAGGUGAAAGACUCACACCUUUACUGGACGCAGAGAAUCAGAACUUGCACGGAAGCUUCCCUGGGUUUGGGGAAGAGGAGGCGGGGAGCGAGGGCAAGGGGAGGGGACCGAGGAGACGACUGGAGGAUGAAAUGGCUGCGCUUGAAGCGAGGGGGAGAGGGGUAGUCGAGAGGGGAGCGGGAGAGGGAGAGGGAGACAGAGGUGAGGUGCGUGAAGCAGCGGGGGCAGUGAGCGGAGCGGAGCAGGAGACGCUUGCAGCGGUGCUAGAUGGCUUGCUGGGCACUGCGGGUGAAGGGGAGGAGGGUUGGGGCGGGGAGGACGCAGCUUACGGGGACGGCGGGGGCUCUGGAGAGGGGGAGAAUGCAGACUCGCCUGUGUGUUGGGCGGGGCGGUUGGAGGGGAGGAUGGGGCGGGCGUGGGUGUGGCGCGUGCAGCAGGUGAUGCGGGCUCUGGGGUUCUCAGGGCUGUCGUUCCUGUCUCAUGCCGUGCUGUCUGCUGUGCUGCUAGCCCGGCUUAAGGCGCAUGUGCAUGCAUCGGCAGGAGCCGUUUUCGACCGUCGGAUCCUCCUGCGCCUGCACCGGUGGCUGCAGGUCACUGCGCUGCCCUUCGUUACUAUCACCACCUGCACUGUCACCACUAAGGCCAGCACCACCGGUAUUAGCACCAGCAGAGGUGAUGCCUCUGCCAUCUCCAGCUGUAGUUCUCGCGUGUCAGAUCCGAUCUCAGCCGCACAUCUGCGGCAGUGGCACGCGUGGUUGCGCCACGUGGCAGGCAGGGAGCUGUGCGCUGUACGCACAGGGCAGCUAUUUGACAUCAUAGUCGACUACCCCGACUCCACCCCCGCCCUCCUCGACCUUAAAGACUGCCUCGAGAAUGGCGGUGCUGCUGCUGCUGCUGAUGCCACUGCUGCUAACGCUGGUUCCACCGCUGAUUUUGGUGGUGCUGCUGUUGUGGAGGGGUUUGGGACUGCCGCGUUUGCAGCCGCUGCUCCGCCUCUGAUUGCUCUCGUGGCCGCGCAAGGAGGGAGCAGUUUGAGGGGAGCCAUGGGAGGGGAGGGUGCCGGCCUGGGAAGGGAAGGUGGCAGUGGUGGUGGUGGCAUUGGUGGUGUGGGGAACGCUUACGGGAGGCUGGUUGCGUCGUUCCGAGCGGCGCUGGCCAAUCGGCUGCUGACAGCUGGCGCGUCGACAGCGGAUAUCUUGCAGCAGUACGUGUCGGCGAUACGGGCGCUGCGGCUGGUGGACCCGUCAGGGGUGGUGCUGGAGGCAGUCAGUGAGCCCAUUCGACAGUACCUGCGAGGGAGAAAGGACACCAUUCGCUGCAUCAUGACUCUGCUGACUCAGCAUCCUUCUGCAGCGCCAGGUGGCGCCAUUAAGGCCGCUGCUGACGUGGCAGAUGAUGUGGCAGGGGAGGCGGGGGACCCGGCCAACCCAACUGGACACCCCCGCCAGACGGGUGCUAACUUGCUUGGGAUUCUCCGUUUCCCCGUCUCCCCUUUCCUCCUCCCUUCCCGCAGCUGGCAGCCAGACCCUAUUGACGCUGACCCCUGGCAGUCCUGGCAGCCAGACCCGAUCGAUGCAGACCCCUGGCAGUCCUGGCAGCCAGUCCCUAUUGACGCUGACCCCUGGCAGUCGACAGGGCAGGCACAGAGGGCGAGGGACAUAGUGCGCGUGCUGGCAGGGGUCUGGCAGCCUGAUCUGAUUGAUACCGAUCCCUGGCAGUCGUCAGGGCAGGCGAAGAGGGCGCGGGACAUCGUGCGUGUGCUGGCGGGGAUCUGGCAGCCAGACCCCAUUGAUGCAGACCCCUGGCAGUCGUCAGGGCAAGCACAGAGGGCGAGGGACAUAGUGCGCGUGCUGGCGGGGGUGUUUGGGUCGCGGGAGGUGCUGCUGGGGGAGUAUCGAGGCAUGCUGGCGGAGCGGCUGGUGGGGCGCGCUGGGUACGACACUGACCGGGAUGUGCGCACCCUGGAACUGCUCAAGGUGCGUGGACAGGUGCUGCUGGGGGGGUAUCGAGGCAUGCUGGCGGAGAGGCUGGUGGGGCGCGCAGGGUACGACACUGAUGGGGACGUUCGCACUCUGGAGCUGCGCAAGCUCCGCUUUGGAGAAUCCAAUCUGCACGCGUGCGAGGUGAUGCUACGAGACAUGGCGGAUUCAAAGCGCAUCAACGGCAACGUGAAAGCGGCCAUGCGGAAGGCAAGGGAGGAGGCUCGGGACUUGGCAGAGGCGCGUUCCAAUAUUGCUCGCUCGAAAGCCAUCAUGAGAAGACGAGGCCUAUCAGUGGUGGGGACAGGGAGGGGAGCAGCAACGGCACAGAGAGAAAGCAGGGGCACAGGGGGAGGUGUAUCUGGAGCAGGUGUAUCUGGAUCGGGGGUAUCUGGGUCAGGCUCAUCUGCAUGGUCGCAGGCACACACACCCGAGCACCUGGUGGUGAGGGGCAUGGCAUCGUUCUCCACCCCUCCAGACCGACCUGGGAGAGGAGGAGAAGGGGGGGAUGGAGGGGGAGGGGGAGGGAUUGUGGGAGGGGGAGGGGCGUCGCAGUGGUUCACUCCAGACUCGUUUGCUUCUCCUCCUCCUCCUGCUGCAGCAGCACAGGCACCCCCUGGGGCACCUGCCCCUCCUCCCCGGGCAGCCCGCCCAAAUCUUCUGUCCCGCUGGGCCCGCCUCCGCCCGGACCUCCGCACACCGACUUUUUCCGGUGACCGUUCCGCAGAUCGCGGGCAGCCUGGAAAUUCUGCCCGAACCCCCGGCCAAUCAGGUGGCGGCAGCUCAGCAAUGGGGGGAAACAGGAGCACUGGGAGAGGCGGGCAGGGGGGGUUAUGGGAUGUUAUGGAUGCAUUGGGAGGGGAGGGGAGUGGGGACGAGGAGGAUGAGGGGGAGAUUGAAGGAGGGGAGGAGGAAGAGGAGGAGGCGAAGCCGGAGGAGAAAGAGGAGUUGCUAGAAGCAGAGAAUUUAGACGCCACGAUCGUCUCGGCGCUGUUCUGGCCGGCUUUCCAGGAGGAAUCGGUGCGGUUACCAGCGCCUGUAACCAAGCUGAUGGAGGAGUAUUCAACCAAUUAUGCGACGCUGAAAGCGCCCCGUAAGCUGCAGUGGAAGGCGAACCUUGGGUGUGUUACAAUUGAGCUGGAGUUUGGUAACGGGCGGAGCACUCAGCAGUACACCGUAACGCCCGUUCAGGCGGCCAUUAUCCUGAAAUUCCAAACAGCCGGAGCAGGAGGGGGAGAUAAGUGUGGGGGAAGUGCAGAUGACGGUGCGGAAAACGGAGAAGUUAAUAAGGAGGACGAGACGAGGCCCCAGUGGGCGGCAUCUGAGCUGGCGGCAGCAGUGGGCCUGUCAGUGCCGGUGCUGCGUCGGCGAAUCACAUUCUGGGUGAAUCAGGGCGUGAUUGUCGAAUCGGUCGCGACCAAUCGGUCUCCUCCGGAACCUCUUUUCACAGCUGUAGAUUACCAAGUCGACCCUGCUUCUGCUGGUGCUGCUGGUGAUGCUGGUGGGGAUAGAGAUGGUGAUGCUGAUGCUGAUGCCGCCGCUGCUGCUGCUGCUGGUGAGGGUGCUGGGCUGGGUGGGUUGCGAGGGGAUGGAGAGGGGGAGGAUAUGGUAGCAGGCGGAGAGUUGCUAAUCGGAGAUGAGGACGAGGAGGAGGAGGGGGGAGGCAUGGUGGCAUCGUUGGAAGCGCAGAGGAAGCAGGAGAGUGCGGUGCAUGAGUCGUUCAUCACGGGCAUGCUCACCACGUUCGACGGCCUCCCUAUAGAGCGAAUCCACAACAUGCUCAAGAUGUUUGUGUCCGACCCGCCAUAUGAUCGCUCGCUGGCGCAGCUGCAUGCGUUUCUGGGGGUGCUGGUGGCGCAGGAGAAGCUGGAGCUCAGGGAUGGGCUGUACCGUAAGAAGAAGUAG